GCUAGGCUCGAAAUCCCAAAUCUAUGAAGACUCUAUUUAUCGUAAAAAAGUGUACAAAGAACAUAGCCUUUUAACCGAAUUGCUUAAAUUUUGCAUUAAUGGUAAUGCAUGCAAGGAACAAAGAGCGUAUCGAUGGGUAUUUCGAGAAGUCGUAUCAGAACUCCAAAUAUAGCAGCAAGCGAGACUAUGACAGAGAUACGAACAGCAGGUCCAACUAUCGAGAUAGGGAUUCACCGAUAAAUAAUGGCCGCGGCGGAUCGUACAGGUCCAUUUCGCCAGAGUGUGAUUCGCCACGAGAUCGGCGCGAUCGCUAUCAAAGCUCGAGUUAUUCUCAAAAAAUGCGUGACAGGGACUACAAAAAGGAUAAAUAUUCUGAUUCACGGUCACAAAAACGAGGAGGCUAUUCGUCACAAAAGAGCAGAGACCGCGAAUACAGCAAAAAGGAUAAAUAUUCGGGGGAUUGGAGUGAGCAUGUAAGCUCCUCCGGCAAAAAGUAUUAUUACAACUGUAAAACCGAGGUGUCGCAAUGGGAGAAGCCGAGGGAAUGGUUGGACAAGGAGAGGACAACGUCGAAAGAUUCGAGAGACCGUGAUUAUAGUCAUAAGGAGAGGGAUCGCAACGAUUAUCGGGAAAAAGAUGUGCGAGAUCGAGAAUAUAGGGAUAAAGAUAGGCCAUCGGGAUAUUCAGGUAGCAGUAAGUCACAUUCCAAUUCUCGAUCGAGGUGGCCAACGCACGACUCGGAUCUGCCUCCGCAUAAGAGGCGACGUGAAGAAAAUGUCGACAUGGAUAUCAGUCCGGGCGAUUCAACGCCAACAUCCGAAACGAGUUAUUCCCAUUCGAGUACGCCGACGACACUUGCGCGACAACAGCAGCAGCAACAGCAGCAUCAGCAACAAGAACUGCCGCCACACAUCAACAACAGUAGUAGUAGUAAUGUUAGUAACAACAACGACGGCGGCGUGGUUCACUUGGCAAACGCCUUGCCACGCUUAUCUUCGAAUCCAGCUACGCCCACGGGAAACAAUUCGAACAGCCAGUCGUCUCACAAUAGUAAUAAUAGUAGUAGUAAUAAUCACAUUUUGCACAAGAUGCACCACAAUUCGCAGCAAUCGGAUGCCGCAUCGCCGAUCCAAGGCAAUGGGCAGAGCGAUGCGAUGCUGAUGUCAAAUACUCCGGGUCCGCCUGGCAGUAAUUCGAACGUUUCAAAUACCUCUCCGCCCGUGGUUUCGAUGGCUGGCUUACCAAAAAUCCUGUCGCAGAUUACGGGCAACAAGCAACUCGAGCAAAAUGACCUGAAUCCUCAAAAGGCACUGCAAACGAUUAAUAAUGCGCUGGCACGGCAACAUGCGGGCGGCAAUAAUAAUUGUGUGUCGUCGGCAAUUGCCAGUUGUAGUAAUAGUAGUAAUUUAAUGCACGAACCAAGUUUUAGGGAACGCGUAUUGAAUUCGCCGCUAUAUACAUCCCCUCACUAUAAUUACAGUGUCAAUUUAAGUCAAAGUAAUUUAAGAGAUCACGGAGAUGGAGCACCAACACCCACACAGGAACUCGAUUUAGAUUCUAGGAGACACGCUCAAACGACAUCCGUUAGUAGCUUACAAGGUGUCAUGACAUCCUCACAAAUAGGCAGACUGCAACAUGGUCCAACCUUAACGCCCUCACAUUCAAAAUACAUGAGAACAGAUCUUAUCUCGCAUGUUACUAACUGGCCUGCUGAAAUGUUGGAGAAACCGGCACAGAAAUUGUCGGAAGAAGCUCAUCUGCAUGGUGAUUUACAUUGUAGUAAGGUGUCAACAGAGUUAAAAUGUGCAAGAAGUUUAGUUAGGAUUACAGAAAUAACAGCCACAUUGCAGGAACAAAAAAUUAUGUAUUUACGACAGCAAAUUCGCCGAUUAGAAGAAUUAAAGUCACAAAACUCCUUUAUGUCUGACGAUCUAUAGCGUUAAUAUCUUUGUUACAUUUAGAAAGGUAAUUUAAAAAUUUUAUUAUAAACUCUGCUAAAGAGAAGCUUAGAAAAAAAAAAUUAAAAAAAACACACAAAAAAACAAGAAUUAUUACAAGAGAAAAAAAAUGAGCUACUUUUAGUCGUAUAAAAAAAAAUAAACAAAACACAAAAAAAGUGACUACAAUUCAAAAUUUAUUAUUAUUAAUUAUUAUAUUGUAUUUA